AUGAUAGGUGCUAAUGUCAAUGUCCUUGAUCUCCCAACUAAUAUGGAAAUCAACAAUAUUUUUAAUGUGGAAGAUUUUGGCCCAUACCAUGAUGCCUCCAUUGUUACCCCCUUCUAUCCUGAUGACCCUAAAGGCUUUCCUUUCACCCUUGAUGAAAUUGUUGACCCUGCCCAGUCCCUUUCCCCCACCUCCUUGCCACCUGUACCUAAGAUUACGAGAACUGAAGAAAUUGAGGAAAUCCUUGAUGAGAGAAUCGUGUCUACACACAAGGGAGGCUCUCAAGAAUUCUUGGUCAAAUGGCGUGGGCGCCUCGAGAUUGACAACACAUGGAUCACUUUUAAAAAAGUCCAGCAACUUAAUCCGGAUAUGCUUGAGUACUGCAUGACUGGGCGCAUCUCCUUUUCUCCUUCCCCAUUAUGUUCUAAUGUGAAGCAGGUCCUCUCUCCCCACGGUGAGCUCUGUUUCUUCUUUGUCUCCUCUGAUCUGGGUACCAGCUUCCACUUGGAUCAUGCAGCCUCUCUUCCGUAUUUUCUGGAGAAGACCACUUUCAAAGGCCGUGUUUUUAUGACUCAUGCAACUAAAGCCAUAUACAAGCUUCUUUUAUCCGAUUAUGUUAAAGUCAGCAAAGUUUCAGUUGAAGAUAUGUUGUAUAAUGAGCAAGAUAUUCUUCGAUCCAUGGACAAGAUUGAGGUUAUUGACUUCCACCAGACACUAGAAGUGAAUGGAAUCCGUUUCUGGUGCUACACUGCUGGUCAUGUCCUUGGUGCUGCCAUGUUCAUGGUUGACAUUGCAGGAGUUCGGGUGCUUUACACUGGAGACUACUCAAGGGAGGAAGACCGCCAUCUCCGUGCAGCUGAGAUCCCUCAGUUUUCCCCUGAUAUCUGUAUAAUUGAAUCCACCUAUGGUGUGCAACUUCACCAGCCUCGGCUUGUGAGGGAGAAACGCUUCACAGAUGUUAUCCACUCAACCAUUUCUCAGGGAGGUCGUGUCCUUAUCCCGGCAUAUGCACUUGGCCGGGCCCAGGAGCUCCUCCUCAUCCUUGAUGAGUACUGGUCAAAUCAUUCUGAACUUCACAGCAUUCCAAUCUACUAUGCUUCUCCUCUAGCCAAGAGGUGCAUGGCAGUCUACCAGACAUACAUCAAUGCCAUGAACGAGAGGAUCCGAAAUCAGUUUGCCAAUUCAAACCCAUUCGACUUCAAGCACAUCUCACCUUUGAAAAGUAUUGAGAAUUUUGAGGACGUUGGGCCAUCAGUUGUGAUGGCAAGCCCAGGUGGGCUGCAGAGUGGCUUAUCACGACAACUCUUUGAUAUGUGGUGCUCUGAUAAGAAGAAUGCAUGUGUGCUUCCUGGAUAUGUUGUGGGGGGUACCCUGGCAAAGACCAUCAUCAACGAACCGAAGGAAGUCACACUCAUGAAUGGCCUCACUGCCCCUCUCAAUAUGCAAGUACACUACAUUUCCUUCUCGGCACACGCUGAUUUUGCCCAGACAAGUACGUUCUUGAAAGAGCUCAUGCCUCCUAAUAUAAUCCUUGUUCAUGGAGAGGCCACUGAAAUGGGGAGGCUUAAACAGAAGCUCAUCACCCAGUUUAGUGAUCGGAACAUCAAAAUUAUGUCCCCAAAGAACUGCCAAUCUGUUGAAAUGUAUUUCAACUCGGAGAAAAUGGCCAAAAAAAUUGGAAGGUUGGCUGAAAAAACUCCAGAAGCUGGUGAAACAGCCUGUGGUUUACUAGUCAAGAAGGGCUUCACUUAUCAGAUAAUGGCACCCGAAGAUCUGCAUGUCUUCUCUCAGCUAUCCACUGCCAACAUCACGCAGAGGAUUUCAGUGCCCUACUCUGGUGCAUUUGGCGUAAUUAAGCACAGGGUCAUGCAGAUAUACGAGAGUGUAAUUUCUCUCCCAAAUGAAGAGUCGGAGGGCCCAGCACUGCUAGUGCAUGACCGUGUGACAGUUAAACAAGAAUCAGGAAGACAUGUAUCAUUGCAAUGGACAUCAGACCCUAUUAGCGACAUGGUCUCUGAUUCAGUUGUUGCUGUGAUACUGAACAUUACACCUGAACUUCCCAAGGUAACAGCAGUGGCAGAGACUGCUAAAACCGAGGAUGCAAAGACAGCUGAAAAGGUAAUCCAUGCUUUGUUGGUGUCUUUGUUUGGAGAUGUCAAGGCUGGAGAUGAGGGGAAUAUUCUGGUGACUGUUGAUGGCAAUGUGGCACGCCUAGAUGUGAAGACUGGAGAAGUUGAUUGUGAGAAUGAGAGUUUAAAGGAUCGAGUCCACACAGCUUUCCGCCAGAUCCAGAGCGCUGUAAGGCCUAUCCCGCUCUCUCUCUCUAGCUAGGUUUGGUCGGACUUAGUUUACUGUAUUCAACUUCCAUCCUUCACCAGUUCUUGCUAACAUGAUCUGCUUUAAGCAGUCGUAUACAGCAGGCCAAAUUUAAAUGGUCUCGUUUACUCAAAGUUCAUGAGGGAAGAAAAAGUUAUACAAGCUUUAUACAGAAUAAGAACCAGCAUUGUGUUCUCUCCA